CGUAUACGGCCGAAGACUUGCCCAUACCAAAUUGGUGGCGCAACACCUGUGUCUAGAUCGGGCAUGUGAUGUGAUGCGAUGCGAGCCUGAGAGUUGAAUCGUCCCUGCCUAGGCAACUUGGCUGCUAGCGCCAGCCACCUUCAGGCCUACUUCAUUCAUGGACUGACCAUCCACCUUUCAUUGCCUUUGCUCUGAUCUCUUCCUUGUGUUCACCAGCAAAUAAUAUCAGCAUAACCUCAAUCAUGUCGGCAGAAAACAACCAAAGUGCGAAGAUCACGCUUCACUGGCUCGACAAAUCGCGCUCGCACCGCAUCCUCUGGCUGCUCGAAGAGUUACAACUGGACUACGAGCUGAAGAUCUACAAGCGCGGCGGCGACAAGCUGGCGCCCCCAGAGCUAAAAGAAGUGCACCCGCUCGGCAAGUCGCCCGUCAUCAGCAUCCUGCCCGCCGGCGCCGACAAGCCGCUCGUGCUCGCCGAGUCCGCCGCCAUCGUCGAGUACCUGACCGACCACUUUGGGAAAUGGCUCGUCCCGGCGCGGUAUCCCGCGGGCAAGGAGGACCAGGUCGGCGCUGAGAACGAGGAGUGGAUCCGCUACCGCUUCCUCAUGCACUAUGCCGAGGGCAGCAUCAUGCCCUUCAUGGUCAUGUCGCUCGUCAUGCACAACAUCGAAAACGCACCGGUACCUUUCUUCAUCCGCCCCAUUACCUCGGGCAUCGUGUCCCGCGUCAACAACUUUUUCCUGAACCCCAACUUCAAAACGCACCUCGACUUCCUCGAAGAGCAGAUCGGCUCCUCGCCCGGCGGCGGCGACUUCUUCUGCGGCAAGGACAUCUCCGGCGCCGACAUCCUCAUGAGCUAUCCCCUCGAAGCCGCCCAGCUGCGCGCUGGUCUCACCCAGGAGGCUUAUCCUAAGCUGACGGCGUAUCUUGAGAGGCUGCAUGAGCGGGAGGCAUUCAAGAAGGCAGGCGCUAAGAUCAAGGAGAUUACGGGAGAAGAGUACGAUCCUAACAUCUUUAAUGCUUGAGUGACGAGGCGAGGAUGCGGGGGUAACGGUGUAGAGUCUUAGUUGGUCCUUUAAGGUGGGUUGGCUUGGAAACUACAUGAAUAGACACGUUUAUUGAAUAAAUCCAACAAAUCCAACAAUGCAUGCCGGUGAUUGGCGGACCAAGACGACAACACUGACGCUUGAGAGGAAGAAACCCCAGGAAACGCAUUAUGCGCUUUGCUCCGCUGCAUGAGAAUGCCGCGGAUCACAAGGAAUGAGCAAAGAUCAAUUUAUUAUCCCC